AAUAACAGACAAUUCAGAUAACAUGAUCGUUACCUCAACCGAAACAUGUGGCAGAGAAUAACUACCUCUCUGCAAACACGAUCAUCACUCACACACACUCACACCACAGCCAUGGCCACUCUGAGCUUCAACCCCGCAAGAAUAAGAACCUCAAUCUUCAGAGAUUCCAAAUUCCCUUCUCCGCCGAAGCCCAUGGCAGUCCCCAACCGCUCCAAACCGCUCCACUUCGGAGCCCGUUCCGUUUCGGAGAGCACCCAGAAAGAGGCAUCACGAUCACGCGAAGCGGCUGUGGAAGAAACAGAGGAAGAGGACCCAAGUGCGGAAGUGAGCUACGUUGACCCGGAAACGGACCCUGAGAGCAUUACGGAGUGGGAACUGGACUUCUGCUCGAGGCCCAUUCUCGACGCCAGAGGGAAGAAGGUUUGGGAGCUGCUUGUGUGCGACAAAACGCUGUCGUUGCAGUACACCAAGUACUUUCCCAACAAUGUCAUUAACAGCGUUACGCUCAAGGACGCUAUUGUUGCUGUUAGUGACCAGUUGGCUGUCCCGUUGCCCAGAAACAUUCGCUUCUUUAGGUCGCAGAUGCAGACAAUUAUUACAAAUGCUUGUAACGAGCUUCGCAUAAGGCCUAUUCCUAGUAAACGGUGCGUGUCAAUAAUUCUAUGGCUAGAGGAGCGCUAUGAGACCGUGUAUAAGAGGCAUCCUGGAUAUCAAGAAGGAUCCAAGCCUCUUUUGGCACUAGAUAAUCCUUUUCCUACAGAACUUCCAGACAUUCUUUAUGGGGAAAGAUGGGCAUUUGUCCAAUUACCUUACUCAGCUGUUCGAGAGGAGGUGUCAUCCUUUGAGAAAGGAGUUUGUGGUUCUGGGCUAGAUCUUGAUUUAUUGGGUCUUGAAGUUGAUGACAAGACAUUGAUCCCAGGACUGGCUGUUGCAGCUUCUAAUGCCACAGCAUUGGCAGCUUUGAUAAAUGGAUUGGAGGUUUGUGCUGUGGAAGCAGACGCAGCUCGUGCUCGCCUGAUUCUUUCUGUUGGAAUUUCAACUCGGUAUAUAUUCUCCACCUAUAAGAAAACUCCUGAGACAACUAGUGAAGCUGAAGCUUGGGAAGCAGCUAAGAAAGAUAGUGGAGGUUUGCAUUUCCUUGCAGUCCAACCAGACUUGGAUUCUGAAGAUUGUGUUGGCUUCUUUCUUUUACUAGACUUGCCAUUUCCACCUGUAUGAUCGUACAAAUGAUUAUUAUGGUUGAACUUCACUGAAUAAAUAUAUUAUAAUAGAAUAUAUUAGAUUCCUAUGUUUUUCUUUCA